AUGCCCAACGACGACGCCUUCAGCAAGCCCCCAGCCCCGGCGGAGGCCCCGCACGCCCCGGGACCCGCGCCGCAGGGCAAGGCCGGGGGCUUCGGCAAGGCGGCCGGGCCGCUGCUGGGGGCGGCGGGCGCCGGGGGCGGCGGCGGUGCUGGCUCCGGGGCGGCGGGCAAGAAGUCCCCGCGGCUGCCCAAGUGCGCGCGCUGUAGGAACCACGGCUACGCGUCGCCGCUAAAGGGCCACAAGCGCUUCUGCAUGUGGCGGGACUGCCAGUGCAAGAAGUGCAACCUGAUCGCCGAAAGGCAGCGCGUGAUGGCCGCGCAGGUGGCCCUGAGGAGGCAGCAAGCCCAGGAGGAGGAGCUGGGGAUCAGCCACCCCAUCCCGCUGCCCAGCGCGGCCGAGCUGCUGGUCAAGAGAGAGAACAGUGGCAGCAACCCGUGCCUGAUGACCGAGAGCAGUGGCUCCUCGCAGCCGCCUGUGCCCGCCAGCACCCCCACCACUGCGGCCCCAGAGGGACGGAUGGUCAUCCAGGAUAUCCCCGCAGCCACCAGCAGAGGGCACGUGGAGAACACGCCCGACCUGGUCUCUGACUCCACCUACUACAGCAGCUUCUACCAGCCGUCGCUGUUCCCGUACUACAACAACCUCUACAACUACCCGCAGUACUCCAUGGCACUGGCGGCCGACGCCUCGUCUGGGGACGUGGGCAGCCCUCUCGGGGGGUCCCCUGUGAAGAACAGCCUGAGGAGCCUGCCGGCACCUUACGUGCCUGGCCAGACAGGAAACCAGUGGCAGGUGAAGAGCGCAGAGAGCCGUCACGCCAUGAAUUCCCAGUACAGGAUGCAUUCCUACUACCCGCCUCCCUCCUACCUGGGCCAAAGUGUCUCCCAGAUCUUCCCCUUUGAGGACGGCCCCUCCUACUCCGAAGCCAAAGCCAGUGUCUUCUCGCCGCCCAGCAGCCAGGACUCCGGCUUGGUGUCCCUCUCCAGCAGCUCUCCCAUCAGCAACGAGAGCACAAAGGGGGUGCUGGAAUGUGAGUCGGCGUCGGAGCCCAGCAGCUUCGCGGUCACCCCGGUGAUGGAGGAGGACGAGUGA